AGUGCAUCAUCGAGGUCUCCUGGUCCGAAGGAGAAACGAGCAGCUUUGCGUUGAUUAUUAUUAUUUUAGAAGCGCUCUAUAUAGCUUUUAUAUUCCACUCUCACACAUACAUACAUACAUACACACACUCGCACGUACGCCCCCUCCAUACCACCGCACUCCGGCGGAGUAUCAGAUAAACGAUUUGGGAGACUCUGCAGCGCUGGUUUGGGGUGCGUACGAGCUGUGGGAUACCUUCGUUUACAUACGCCUGUUUAUACAUCCAUAUUACCCAAACGACCCUGGAAGGCGAGGGAUUUUGGUUUGCUGGUCCAGUUUGUUUUUCCCUACCCGCUGUGUCGCACAGCGCCGUUCCGCGCGGAUACUCAAAGAGAGGGAAAAGCCAGAAAUUUUUCUUGUGUCGUCGUUUACUUGCUGUUAUUUUCCAUCGGCGAGUCGCAUCAACGCCGUCUUGGAUUUACCAUAAUUGUUUACGUCUUCUAUAUAGUCUUCAUACCGCUUGCGUGUGUGUGUGUGCGUGUGCUUCCUUCCUUCCCUCCGACGUAUCCGUCGUCCGCCGCUUCCCUUCCUUUGCAUUUUCACCUCUAUAAACGCGAUUUUCGCUCUCUUUUCUUUUCUUUUUUAACUCGGGAGUUUCUUUGCUGUUCGCCCUUUGAAACUGCUUUUGAUUGUUCUUGUUGUUGUUUUAGUAAAUUCGACAACACAACCUCGCAGCCCGUGAGGGAGAGAGAGAGAGGAAGAAACGGGGAGAGGUGGGCGGAAGAUUCCAUACGAGUUAUCCGCAGCAGACGAGCGUGAAGUCCAAGAUAUAUAUAUAGAAAGAGAGGGGGAGAAAGAGACCAGGUGAAUCUCCUCCUCUUCUAUUGUAUUGGCUCGGUGGCGUUGUCUUUUGGUUGUUUGAUUGUUUUGCAUAAUGCCCAGCGAUUUAGCGUCCCUCUCGAGGGAGGAGCUCGUGAAUCGAGUGCUCGACCUGCAGGCGGAGAACAGCGCCCUCAGCCGGCAGCUGCGCAGCACCGCCUCCUCCAAGCGAGGCAGCGGGCCGUCGCCUACGGCCACCUGCAUGAACGCUCACUACCACAACAGCAAUAACAUCAGCGGCGAUGUUAGUGGCAGUGGGGGCGAUGGUGCGACGAGUCCGAUCGCCGGCAGCGGCUCCCACUCAGACCCCGUCAAUCCUUUCCUUACAAGUCCCCACGCAAGCCGGCUCGGCGGCAGCAUGUCCAUCAGCUCUGACGUCCCGGCCUCACCCGCCGCGGCACGGCUCAGCGGGCGGCCCAGCAUGAUCGUGCCGCCGGCCCCGUCGUAUGAAAUAUCGAUGUCCGUCAUGGUGAUUGAGAACGGCGCCGCCCUCUCCGUCCCGCUCGCCGCGGUGCUGAACAAAACGUACGGCCGCGAGGACGUGCGGGAGGCCGACACGCCGGUUGUGUCGUCGAAGUUUCUGCGCGACAUGGACUCUCUCCGCACACAGCGCUUCUCUGUUGGGGACGGUCACGGCGACGAGGUCUCGCCGAGCAUGAACUUAGAUGAGGAGUUUACCGAGAACUUCAGCGCGUCGCGGCCGAGCGCGGACGACGCAGGGGACCGCAGUCGGGCCAGCAUACUGAUUCGUGCAAGCGGUGGUGGGGGCGGUGGCGGUGGGGCCACUGGGAACGCGAUGAUAGCGGGGGGUGGUGGUGGCGGUGACGACGACGACGGCGAGCCGGCGCCGACAGACCCCCGCGCGGACUCCGUCAGGAAUGCCGCGGCGGCCUCCUCGCUCGCCCAGCGCGCCGGCGUGACCAAUCUACACCUCCGCCAGGACCUCCUCUUCGCGCGCGACAUGUCGCUCGACGUCGACGCCAUCAUCACCCACCAAACCCUGCGCCUCUUUAAUCAGCAGUUUGGGCGGGACGGGAAUAUGCUGUCGCCCAUGUCGUCCUACGGCAACGCCAUCUAUCACUACAUCGUGAAGACGUUCGCGGUGCGUAACGGGUGCGAACACUCGCCCGACGAUGUGGAGGGCUUCGGACGCACGCUGAUUAACCUGUGCAGGGAGGUGAAGCACAUCCUGCAGGAUGAGCCGCGACACGGCUCGUCCGUCUCGCCGUGCUACGUGUUUGGCGACCUGCACGGCAACUUUCGCGACCUCUUCUACUUCAUGGACAACCUCAUCAGCUUCCAGGACCUGCGGUACACCCCGCACCGCUUUGUCUUCCUGGGCGACUACGUCGACCGCGGCGAGUUUAGCGUGGAGGUGGUCGCCUAUCUGUUCUCGAUGAAGGUGCUUGCCCCGCAGAAGGUGCUGCUGCUGCGCGGCAACCACGAGGACACCCUCGUCAGCGGCGACGUCUCGGGUUACGGCAACACGAGCUUCCGCGCCCAGUGCCACAGCACCUUCGGCACGGGACUCGGGGAGGAGUUGUGGCACCGCGCGAGUGAGACGUUUUCGUACCUGCCUCUGUCGGCGAACAUCGACGGCAAGAUUUACUGCACCCACGGCGGUGUCCCGCGGUACGGCGGCGGGGUCGAUGACCGUUUGGACGUGCUAAAGAGCCCCGACUUCCCGAUAAUGGAGUCCUUCUUCCAAGUCCCCGAGGAGGAGACGCCGCAGCACAAGAUGUACCGUCAGAUCGGCAUGGACAGCUGCUGGGCCGACCCGGCGGAGAAUGAGAGCAAGCUGGACAAGUACGGCUUCGGCGCCAACCCGCGCGGCACCGGCGUCAUCCUCUUCGGCACGAAGGCCGUCGACGACUUCUUGGACCACUUCCACUUCGAGUACAUCUUCCGCGCGCAUCAGGAGAAAUCGGACGGACUGAAGCUGAGCAAGAGCGCUCGCGUCUUCACGAUUUUCAGCACCAGCGCCUAUGUUGGCCAUCAGAACGGUGCGGGGGUGGUCCUCGUCGCGGAGGGAAAGAUUCGGCUCAUCGUGAAGAACGCGGACACCUACGAGGAGGACGAUUACAUGGCGGAGGAGGACGAUGGGUACCGCCGAUGA